CCAAUGCUCACUCCUGAAGAGCUGCACGUCCGUUGCCGAUCACCAUGGUACACGGCCUGCUGCUGGCUUGCGCAACGCUUUUCCUAGCCGCCGCUACAGCUGAUGAAUGCUCUAGUACAUGUGGUACACCGUCAGGGCUCGAGUUCUGCUCCUACGUGUCGUUCGCCGUCUGUGGAGGCGAAUCUUCCUAUGAAGAGCUGGACGAAGCCGCACUGUUGGCCUUCAAGGCCUGGAGCGACCUCAACAGUAGCGAAUAUCGACUCUCUUUACUACCGCAGUAUAAAAGCUUCAGCCACGAGAAGAUCGAGGACACUAUCAAGACGCUGGACCUCGCCAACGCCAGCAGUGCAUGCGGCCUCUUUCUGCGUCGCAUGGAGUGCGCCGUGCACUUUCCCGUGUGUGAAGUGGGUCGAGACGUCUCCAAAGUUUGCUUGACUUCUUGUCUGUCCACAGUGCACACACAAUGUCCUGGACUCAGCAACAUUUGCGCUACAUUCGACGAAACACAGGUGGAAAGUAAGAGCAACAAGUGCUUCAAAGUUGGCUACACAGGCCCCGCAAUGGGCAUGUGGGUGGCAGGCUUCCUCAUCUCGCUCAUCUUCUCUGUGCUCAACUCCGUGGGUAUUAAUUUACAAAAGCUAUCCAUGUCACGCAACGACACGGCAGAAGUAAAGAAAACCACACUCAAACAGCCUCUCUGGAUGCUCGGCUUCGGCCUCGUGUGUCUUGGCUCGCUACUGGACUUUGUGGCGUUCGGUAUGGCACCACAGACACUGCUAGCACCACUUGCAGCCCUGUCAUUAGUGUGGAAUAUGCUCAUUGCCCCGAUCUUCCACAAGGAAAAAGUGACACGUCAGAACCUGAUCGCCACGGCUAUCAUCUUUGUCGGGGUAACAUUGACAGUGAUCUUCGCAGGACACAGCACUCCAUCCUACGAGCUGGAAGAUCUCAUUCGUCUCUAUCAACAACCAGCUAUGUACGCGUACAUUACGCUGAUCGUGUGCUUCUUAGGAGGUCUCUUCACGUUCUGCCGCUACAUCGAACGCACGCACAAUUACGAGGAAGGUCUGUUCCACAUCAUUUGUUACGGCGGCAUCGCAGGGACAUUUGGAGGGCAGUCAGUGCUGCUUGCCAAGUCGACGGUAGAGUUGUUGAAGAGUGCGAUCUGGGGAGACGCUGGCUUGUACAUGUUCACUCAACUCACUUCCUACGUGAUCGUCGCUGGAAUGUGCGCGUGUCUCGGGUUCCAAGUUCACUUCCUCAAUGGUGGACUGGCACGAUUCGAUGCACUUGUGGUGAUUCCCGUGUAUCAGAGCUUCUGGAUUCUCACGAGUGUGCUGGGUGGCAUCAUGUACUUUGAAGAGUACGUGAGUAUGACUCGGACACAGAUGUUCAUGUUCACUAUUGGAGGGUGCGUCACCAUCUUGGGAAUCAUUGUACUUCUCAAGACAAGUCACUCGGGUGACGGACGCUACACCGAACUGGCACUUACGCCGACAUCAGCGUGGACAAUUGAUGACUCCGAUGAAGAAGUGGAGCUCAAUUUACCGUCGAUCGCUCCUGGGUCUGUGACUCCUGUCUUCCCAAAGAAGAUUUCCGCUAGCGACGCGGCAGUUGCAGCGGCCAUCUAUUGGACAGAUUCUGCGUCACCAAUUGGCAGUAGUCGUGUCAAUACAAAGCCAAAAGACUUUGAUGGCGACGAAGAAGAAGAGGAUUUCAUUUAA